CCUCCGCAGGAACAGUGCGGGUAAAGGAGGAGGAGGAGGAGGAGGAAGGAAGUUCAGCAAACUGAGCACAUAAACACAAAUGUAUGACUGAGCACCAGAGCGGCGGAGAGCCUCCUGACAGACCUGCAUCUAUCCGCUCCUUUUCUCUCUCCACACAGUUGCCGGUUCUUGCCAAACUCGUUUUUCCUCUCCUUGGCGGCCUUUUAUAAAGGACGCCGAUACCGGAAGUGGACGCGCGUGCAGGCGUUUACCUGGUUACUACAGGUGUGAGAAGCAACUCGCCGCUUUUUGUCGGGAAAAGUCGACAGAGACCUCCAAAGAAAAGGAAUUUGGCGAUUAGUUCGACCGACAGAGUAGUUCUGAGGCUUUUUCUGUCGUGUUUUCAGGAGGUUUAGUGGAACGGGACGAACGAGGAGCAGGAGCCCGACAUGAACGGCUUUGUUUCGGUGCUGUUGUUCUGCGCAGCAACAGGUGUGAGUGGAUUCUCUGUCACCACCCAAAAUAAUAAUGUUCAGGUGAAGGAGAAUCAAGAGGCAGACCUGACCUGCUCCUACUCGGCAGACUUUGGUACAGAUCCCAGGCUUGAGUGGAAGUUUAAAGACAACAAAGGAUCUCAAACAUACGUGUAUUAUGAUAAGACGAUAACAGAUCCCUAUGCUAGUCGUGCGACUCUAUAUUCUGGUUCUAGUUUGAGAAUUUCCAAAGUGACGCGCGCCGAUAAUGGGACAUAUAAAUGCGAGGUGUCCGGCAACAAGCAGUUUGGAGAAGUCUCUGUCAUGCUGACUGUUCUGGUGGCCCCCUCUGUGCCUAUUUGUAACAUCCCAACAUCGGUGACGACUGGUAACCCGGCCACGUUGGUGUGUCAUGAUCCCAUCGGGUCCCCAGCUCCUACGUACCGGUGGUACAAAGACAACACCCUCCUGCCUUCUGACCCCAGCAAGAAUUCUAACUUCAGGAACGCCACCUACAGGCUUGAUGAAGCAAAGGGCACACUGGAAUUUGUCAAAGCUUCCCCGGCAGAUAAUGGUGAAUAUUACUGUGAAGCUUUCAACAUCGCUGGUCCUGCUCAGAAAUGCCGGGCUGUGAGAAUGGAAGUUCGUGACUUGAACACUGGAGGCAUUGUUGCAGGAGUGAUAGUGGCUCUGCUGAUUGUGGCAUUGCUGAUAGUCGGUGUUUGGUUUGCCAAAAAGAAAGGCUAUCUGGACAGUGUGACUGAACGUUUCAGCAGCAAACAGAAGGCCAGCUCGGUCUACCAGGCUCCAGCAUACAAAGACGAUGAGGGUGAUGAUGGAUUCAGACAGAAGUCGUCAUUUGUGGUGUAGGCGGUCGCCUGCUGGCAUGAACGCUGGCCUUCACUUGACUUUUUUUUCAAUCUCACGUCCUUAACUUUUACUACACACCCAUUUGAUUUUUUUUUUUCAUGUUUUAUUUUCACGUUUUUAAAUCUUUACCCACUGGUUUAAGUCUUUUUCUUUUGAGCAGAUAUGUGAAGAAUUUCUACUACUUAUCAGGGGUUUCAGCUAAACUAUCAUUGGUUCCUAGUUCCCCCAUUUCUGAUUCCCAUGGGUCUCUACAUGUAAAUUAAGUUUUUAAGUUAUUUAAUUUCUAAUCCCUAAUUACGUCAACUGUCAUCUUAGUCACAGUACAUUAAAACGAUCUAAAAUUUGUAAAGGGCAAAAACUCUUCAUUUUUCUUUUACCACAAUUUGGCCACUCGCGUAUCAUUGAAUAUAAAUAUAUUUUAAUAUCAAAUUAAAGGCCCAUUGACACAACAUUUAUAAUUUUCACAUCUUAGGUUAGUCUUUCCAAACAGCCUUAUAUGUUUCAUCAAUGUUCCCAGAUCUAUUUUUUUUUUUAUUAAAAUGUAGUUAUUCUAUCCAAACUUAAAGAACGUGAAUCUUUUUUAAAGUAUUUGAGAGUACGUUGCUUUAGAUGUAAAACUCAAUUUACUACAUUUAAAUGGGAAUUUGCACAGUGUAUGAUGAACAAAUCAAAACUGUAAAAUAAAGGACGUUAAAGUUAGUUUUCUGCACUUUUAUGCCAAUUGAACAGCAGAUUCAAAACUAUGAACAAUCAGUUCCACAAAACUUGAACAACAAUAACAGCAAUGUGGCAAGAAUUUUACACUUCAAUAAAAUUUAACUGCCUUUUAACACAUGAGCAUCAAUGCUUAAACAGUUUUGAUUUACUUGUAAUUUGAAUUUUACUUAAAAAAUAGGGGUAAGAGACACUUAAUUCAUUCUAAUGGCAGUUUGGAUUUAACCUAAAUUUUUGCUAACUUUUAGCAUUUGGACCAUUUAAGAGGAGUUAUUUAAAUGCUAUUCCUUAACAGAUUAUCAGAUGUUAAAUUAACCCUCUGUACUGUCUGUUAUAAAUUCAGUAGUUUAGGCUGUAACUGUAGAGUUUAAAAUAUCAAAUGCAAGUUGAUUGUUACAAACCAUUCAGAAUGUUAAUGCAAGACAAUAUUUUGUAUUUACACCUAAUUCAUAAAAAGAUCUUGGCGUUGACUACUACAACAGAUAAAACAUUUUCAAAAAAUGUAAAAAUGUUUUUAAUAUCUUCAUCACUGUUUUACAUUAUACAAAUUGCAUAUUUUCCUUUGUUAAAUUAAAUUUUACUUUUAUAAGAUUUUAAACUCAUACCUUUAACCCUCUUGUCUAACUUUAAACUUUAGUGUUUUAAUUUUGCUUUUCAGUUGUGUGUUUAAAAUGUACACUUUUGUCAUUUCUACAUAAGCCUUUCUCACUUAAAUAUUUUUUUCAUGUAGAGGUUUUAGAUUUUACCUAAAAAAAAAUGUAAGUUUUGUUUUUUUGUGCACAAAUUCUCAGGUUUUUGCUUGGAGUGGUUUGAUGUAGUCAGACAGUACAUGUAAUGUGUGAUAUUUUAUGCCUAAAUUUAGAAACAGUUUUUUUCUACAUAGUUUUUCCUUUUAAAUAAAAGUUGAACUUGGUUGUAACUUUUACUGUAUAUAGCUACACAAAUAAAAUAAAACUUGCUGUAAUACUUCA